AUGAGUUUGCGCAAGGGCUCCAAGGUUUGGGUUCCCGAUAGGGACUUUGCUUGGCUACCUGCUGAAGUAAUCGAAUCUUCCGAUAAGCAAGUUCGAGUUGAAACGGAUUCCGGCAACAAGGUUGUUGUUGUUGUUGCUCCGGAGAAACUGUUUCCCAGGGAUGCGGAUGAAGAUGAACACGGGGGAGUCGAAGAUAUGACGAGGCUGGCUUAUUUGAAUGAACCGGGAGUGUUGUACAAUAUUCGGAGAAGAUACAUGCUUAAUGACAUAUAUACAUAUACGGGGAGCAUUUUAAUUGCUGUUAAUCCAUUCACAAAGCUUCCUCAUUUGUACAAUAACCACAUGAUGGAGCAGUAUAAGGGAGCUCCAUUUGGUGAACUCAGUCCACAUGUAUUCGCCGUUGCUGAUGCAUCGUACAGAGCAAUGAUGAAUGAAGGUCAUAGCCAAUCUAUUUUGGUCAGUGGUGAAAGUGGUGCUGGGAAAACUGAAACAACAAAAUUGAUUAUGCAGUAUCUUACCUUUGUUGGUGGGCGUGCUGUUUGUGAUGAUAGAUCAGUUGAACAAAAAGUUCUUGAGUCGAAUCCGCUGUUAGAGGCAUUUGGCAAUGCAAGGACUGUCAGGAAUGACAAUUCAAGCCGUUUUGGGAAGUUCGUUGAAAUUCAGUUUGAUUCAAAGGGUAAAAUAUCUGGUGCUGCAAUUAGAACUUACUUAUUGGAAAGAUCACGAGUAGUGCAGACUACAGAUCCUGAAAGAAAUUAUCACUGCUUUUAUCAGUUGUGUGCAUCUGAAAGGGAUGCAGAGAAGUAUAAGUUAGGACAUCCAGGCCACUUCCACUAUUUGAAUCAAAGUAAAGUUUAUGAAUUAGAUGGUGUUAGCAGUGCCGAAGAAUACAUAAAGACGAGAAGAUCAAUGGAUAUUGUUGGUAUUAAUCAUGAGGAUCAGGAAGCCAUAUUUUGCACCUUAGCUGCAAUUUUGCAUCUUGGAAAUGUUGAAUUUUCUCCUGGGAAAGAGCACGACUCGUCAAUAAUAAAGGAUGAGAAAUCAAUAUUUCAUUUGCAGAUGGUUGCUAAUCUUUUCAAGUGUGAUCUGAACCUACUGCAAGCAACAUUAUGUACUCGUUCAAUACAAACCCGCGAAGGAAAUAUUGUCAAAGCUCUUGAUUGUAAUGCCGCUGUUGCUGGCAGGGAUGUCUUGGCGAAAACCGUUUAUGCCCGUUUGUUUGAUUGGCUUGUUGAUAAGAUUAAUAAAGCGGUUGGGCAAGAUAUCAAUUCCAGGAUGCAAAUUGGAAUAUUGGAUAUAUAUGGUUUUGAGUCUUUUAAGGAUAACAGUUUUGAGCAAUUCUGCAUCAAUUUUGCAAAUGAAAAGCUUCAACAACACUUUAAUGAGCAUGUAUUCAAGAUGGAGCAAGCAGAGUAUAGAAAAGAAGAAAUUAAAUGGAGUUACAUUGAGUUUAUAGACAACCAAGAUGUUUUAGAUUUAAUUGAAAAGAAGCCCAUUGGUAUCAUUGCCCUGUUAGACGAAGCUUGCAUGUUUCCAAAAUCGACGCACAAAACAUUCUCAACCAAGUUGUUUCAGCACUUCUUGUGCCACACUAGGUUUGGAAAGGAGAAGUUUUCAGAAACAGAUUUUACUGUUUCUCAUUAUGCUGGAAAGGUCACAUACCAUACAGACACAUUUAUAGACAAAAAUCGCGACUAUGUGGUUUUAGAGCAUUGUAAUGUAUUAUCUUCUUCAAAAUGCUCUUUUGUGUCUGGUCUUUUUCCUUCUUUACCGGAGGAAUCUUCAAGGUCAUCCUACAAGUUUUCUUCUGUGGCUUCCAGAUUUAAGCAACAACUUCAAGCACUUAUGGAAACACUCAAGACAACAGAGCCUCAUUACAUUCGAUGCGUCAAGCCAAAUUCCUUGAAUUUACCACAAAAGUUUGAGAACACAAGUGUCUUACACCAAUUACGUUGCGGGGGUGUACUUGAGGCUGUUCGGAUAAGUCUGGCAGGUUACCCAACUCGAAGGACUUACUCAGAGUUUGUAGAUCGCUUUGGAUUAAUAACUCCUGAGUUUACAGAUGGAAGUUAUGAUGAUAGAGCUACAACUCAGAAAAUAUUGCAAAAGCUAAAACUUGAGAAUUUCCAGCUGGGUAGGACUAAAGUGUUUCUCAGGGCUGGUCAAAUCGGUAUUUUAGAUUCUAGGCGAGCUGAAGUUUUGGACAAUGCUGCAAGAUGUAUUCAGCGUCGGCUGCAUACAUUUAUUGCUCACAGAGAUUUCAUCUCAACUCGAGUCGCUGCAGUUUCUCUUCAAGCAUGCUGCAGGGGAUGUAUUGCAAGAAGGAUAUAUGCUUUUAAACGGGAGACUGAAGCAGCUAUCUCCAUUCAGAAAUAUAUUCGUAUGGGUCUGAUGAGGCGUGUUUACAUUACACUGUACUCUUCUGCUAUCAUUAUACAAUCAAAUGUCCGCGGUUUCACAACUCGCCAAAGAUUUUUGCACAGAAAAGAACACAAAGCUGCUACUAUUAUUCAGGCGUAUUGGAGGAUGUGCAAGGUUCGGUCUGCUUUCAAACAACAUCAGUUUUCAAUUGUGGCAAUACAAUGCCUUUGGCGCUGUAAACAAGCAAAAAAACAGCUUCGUAGACUUAAACAAGAGGCUAGUGAAGCUGGCGCCUUGCGUUUAGCCAAGACUAAACUUGAAAAACAAUUGGAAGAGCUCACAUGGCGUUUGCAUCUUGAAAAAAAAUUAAGGGUGUCUAAUGAAGAGGCUAAGCAAGUUGAGAUUUCCAAGUUUCAAAAGACAUUGGAAGCUCUGAUUUGUGAAUUAGAUGGAGCUAAAUUGGCAACUAUUAAUGAGUCGAAUAAGAAUGCAAUUUUGCAAAAUCAAUUGCAAUUAUCAGAAAAGGAAAAAUCUGCUUUAGAAAGAGAGCUAGUUGUAAUGAAUGAAGUGCGAAAGGAAAAUGCUCUGAUGAAGGCUUCUAUGGAUGCCUUGGAAAAGAAGAGCACAGCUUUGGAGCACGAGCUUGUGAAUGCCCAAAAAGACCAUAAUGAAACCAUUCAGAAAAUGAGGGAGUUUGAACAGAAGAGUUCUCAACUUGCACAAAAUAUGAAAAUUCUUGAAGAAAAGCUAUUGAGUUUGGAGAAUGAAAAUCAAGUGCUUCGUCAGAAAGCCUCAACUGUAUCUCCUAAGAGUAAUCAUCCUAGUUUUACAAAGUCAUCAUCAGAACAGAAAUUCUCGAGGAAAAUAGCCCUCAACACUGAGCAAAACCCAGUAUAUGAAUCACCUACACCCACUAAACUUAUGCCCUCUUUUACACGUGGCUUGUCAGAUUCUCGUCGAUCUAAAUUAACAGCAGAAAGGCACCAGGAUAACUAUGAAUUCCUCACUAGGUGUAUCAAAGAGGAUUUGGGUUUCAAAAUGAGUAAGCCUGUGGCAGCUAGUAUCAUAUACAAAUGUCUUCUUCAUUGGCAUGCAUUUGAGUCUGAGCGCACGGCCAUAUUUGAUUACAUAAUUGAUGGAAUUAAUGAAGUCAUAAAAGUUAGAGAUGAUGACACUGUCUUGCCAUAUUGGCUGUCCAAUACAUCCGCACUUGUGUGCCUUUUACAGAGAAAUGUCCGUUCAAAUGGUUUUUUAACUACCACUGCUCAACGUUAUGCUGGAUCAUCUGGCUUGACCAGCCGGAUGGGGCAUGCAAUGAAGUCUCCAUUGAAGUUAAUUGGAUAUAAUGAUGGUAUAUCACAUGUGGAGGCAAGAUAUCCAGCUAUGCUUUUUAAACAACAACUAACUGCUUGUGUAGAGAAGAUUUUUGGCCUAAUACGUGAUAAUUUGAAAAAGGAACUUUCUCCACUUCUUGCAUUAUGUAUUCAGGCACCCAAAACAGGACGGGCACAAAGUGGAAAAUCAUCUAGGUCUCCUGGGGGGCUUCCUCAACAACCACUUGGCGGCCAAUGGGACAACAUCAUAAAUUUUUUGAAUUCACUCUUGAACCAAUUAUGUGCAAAUAAUAUACCAUCCUUCUUCAUCCGCAAGCUAGUUACACAGGUCUUUUCCUUUAUCAAUAUGACGCUGUUCAACAGUCUUCUUUUGCGGCGUGAAUGUUGUACUUUCUCAAAUGGUGAAUAUGUAAAGUCUGGUCUUGCAGAACUGGAGAAAUGGAUAGUUAAUGCAAAUGAAGAGUAUGCAGGUACAUCCUGGCAUGAGCUGAAUUAUAUAAGACAAGCUGUUGGGUUUCUGGUAAUACAUCAGAAGAGGAAGAAAUCUUUGGAAGAAAUUAGGCAGGAUCUUUGUCCGGCAUUAACUGUGAGGCAAAUCUAUCGAAUUAGUACUAUGUACUGGGAUGACAAGUAUGGAACCCAGAGUGUAUCCAACGAGGUAGUUGGUGAAAUGAGGGAAAUUGUGAGCAAAGACAAUCAGAGUUUGACCUCAAAUUCGUUCCUGAUGGAUGACGACAUGAGUAUUCCUUUUUCUGCUGAAGACAUAGAUAUGGCGAUCCCUGCUGUGAAUACUGAUGAUAUUGAGCUCCCAUCAUUCUUGUGUGAAUAUCCCUGUGCCCAGUUUCUAGUUUUGCAUGAGUAA